UCGACGUUUAAUAGGAAAGAAUGCAUUUAUGUGAGAAUUGAAGUAACAGAGAAUUAUAUAACAUUCCACUCGAGAAAGUUUAACUGCUGAAAAGUUUGUAAAACCUGAAGGAAAUGUGAGCUUAAAUUAUGUGUAAAAUAUAUUGAACAUGGACUGUGAAAACACUCGGUUUUAUAAAUGACAGUUCUCUAUAUUUUUUAGGUCGAUUUUCAGUAUUACGAAAAACCUGCUUUGUCUCAAAGCAUUUACUAAAGAAGUUCGUGAUCACAGCCAAAGUAAAAUUAAAGGUUUCUAAUAGAACAUCACUAACAUAAGAAUGACAAACAAACAUAUACAUGUAAGCUCUAACUUACUAGGGGGAUAAUUUGGUAGUUAAGGUAUCCUACAUUUACUUGCCAGGUCACAUAUUUGUGCAUCGCUCCACCUAUUUCAGUUUGGGCAGCAUUAUAAUACAUCAUACCUGAAGUGUGGCUUAAGGACGAAUAUAUGAGCAUGUACUCAAACGAUCAAAUUAAGACAACCGAACUCAAAUUUGUGACCAAACACAAGACCACCUACUUUUUUAAGUCAUAAUGUUAGGGGAAGAGGCACCAUCCGCGUAGCUCAACUUACAAAUAUUUUUGGCCUAAACUAACUAUUUCACCGACCUACUAGGCUAUGUAACUUAGUGUGUAUCGCGUUAUAAAUUCAAUAAAUAGGCGAUCCAAUGACUAUAUGUGUGUGACAAAAUAUGAUUAUUUUGUAAUUAUGUGGCUUUUGUACGAAAUAAUGAUUCUUUUGUAUUUUAUAUUCCGCUGGUUACGAAUUCCAAAUGUAAUAUGUUCGUUUGUGCCCUUCUAGUUCUACUUGCUGUAAAUUGCACCAUUUCUGGAAUUCUUAGUAAGCACGUCAAUUAGAAUAAUUCUAACCAUUAUAUCGACGUCACGAUGGAUACUUUGAUAGAAUAUUUGAAUGUACAUUCAAUCCUGACGUUUUCGAAUAUUACAUGGAAAGGUCUGUAAUCUGAAGCCUAACCAGGAAAGAAGUUAAGGAUGAUAAAAUGACGGCUAAUUUCCUCACAUUCAAUGGAAAGGAUGCUUAUAGCUUAUUAUAAACUUGAGCAUUCCCAGAUAAGACUGUUUCACAUCUCUAUGCAACUAUCAAAGAACCACUACAAAAUCAUGUAGAGUGCACUAAUUUCUAAUGCUGUGUAAAGGCGAAAUUUCAAAGACGAUUUACAGGACAACCAAAAGGUUAGAGAAAUUACCCUUGAGUUGCAGAUAUAAUCCCUUAUGUGUGAUUUUGGUGAUCAACUGCAUGUGCAGAUGGAAGAUCAAUUAGAUGCAGGAAUUAACAUACCAAAUCAGGAAAGAGAGCUAUUACAGCAGCAUUCCUCCCACGAUGCUAGAACUGCGUGUAUUAGUUGUAAGGCAGUGCAUGUAAUUGUUCUCCAGGUCAUCUAUAAUCCCAGUGCAUUGCUUAGUUAUCCUAAUCCGAUGAGUACACUGCCCUUAUUUACUACUUCGAGUAAUGCACUUCAUUUUCAAAGACGAAUGUAUUUAUCCAGUGUCGCUUUUCACGAUGCCCUAAACCUAAGGCAACGCUCCUAGGGUAUCGUC